AUGGAGCUACGGGACUACCAGUGGGAGGUGAUCACCCCGGCCCUGGGUGGUGAGAACAGCAUCAUCUGGCUGCCCACGGGUGCUGGCAAGACCCGUGCUGCCGUCCACGUCUGCAAGAGGCACCUGGAGACCAGGCAGCAGGGCAAGGUGGCCGUGCUGGUCAACAAGGUGCACCUGGUGGACCAGCAUGCCAAGAAGGAGUUCCACGUGCUCCAGAGCGCCUUCAGGAUCACAGCCAUCAGUGGGGACAGCAACCAGAAAUUCUUCUUUGCCUGGGUGGUGAAGCAGAGCGACAUUGUGAUCUGCACUGCCCAGAUCCUGCAGAAUGCGCUGGUCAGCAAGGAGGAGGACACGCACGUGGAGCUGACAGAUUUUUCCCUGCUGGUGAUAGACGAGUGCCACCACACGCACAAGGAUGGUGUCUACAACAAAAUCAUGCUGAAUUACCUCCAGCACAAACUGAAAGGGCAGCAGAACCUGCCGCAGAUCCUGGGCCUGACGGCGUCACCCGGCACUGGGGGUGCAACGUCCUUCAAAGGAGCUGUAGAGCACAUCCUGCAGAUUUGUGCCAACCUGGAUACUGCUAAAAUCAUGUCGGCCCAGGAGCAUCUCCAUCACCUGCAGACCCAAGUCCCUCAGCCCAGGAAGCAGUACGACUUGUGCCAGGAGAGAGCACAGGACCCCUUUGGAGAGCUGCUGAAGAAGAUCAUGCGCCAGAUCGAGCAGUACAUGGGCACGCCUGGCCUGUCGCAGGACUUUGGCACGCAGAUUUAUGAGCAGCGCAUCAUGGAGUUGGAGAAGAAAGCAGCAGAGACGUUCUGUCGCAAGACACGCGUGUGUGCACUGCACCUGCGGAAGUACAAUGACGCCUUGCUGAUCAAUGACACGGUGCGCAUGAUCGACGCCUUCCAGUGCCUCAGGGAGUUCUACCUCUUGGAAAGGGAUAUGAAGGAUCCGACAGAGCGUUUCCUCGCUGCCACGUUUGAGGAGAAUAGGAUGUGCCUACUGGAGCUUGCCAGGAAUCAGCAGUACGAGAACCCCAGGCUGAGUAAGCUGGAGGAGAUCCUGCAGGAGCAGUUCCAGUCUCUGGGCACUUCUCGUGGCAUUGUUUUUACCAAGACCCGCCAGAGCGCCCACAGCCUGCACAGCUGGCUGCAGGACACGGUGUCGCUCCAUGGGCUGGACAUCAGGGCUGCUGUUCUGACCGGGGCUGGUUACAGCAGCCAGACCAAGCACAUGACACAGAACGAGCAGCAGGAUGUGAUCAAGUUGUUCCGCAAGGGAGACCUCAACCUGCUCUUCUCAACCAGCGUGGCUGAGGAGGGCCUGGAUAUCCCGGAGUGCAACAUUGUGGUUCGCUACGGACUGAUGACCAACGAGAUUGCCAUGAUGCAGGCCAGAGGCCGUGCCCGUGCCGAGAACAGCGUGUACACCGUCCUCGCCAAAGCAAGCAGCAGAGAGGUCUCCCGGGAGCUGCUCAAUGAGGAGCUCAUAGAGCUCAUGGUCAGGGCGAUCAGGGAGGUGCAAGACAUGCCUGAAAGGGAAUACCGCCUCAAGAUUAUGGAGCUGCAGCGAAAUGCCGUUGCCAGCUGCCUGAUGAAGGAAGCCAGGAACAGCGAGAGGCAGCAGUUGCAUGACCCAGACACUGUUUACCUCUACUGUGUCAACUGCAGCGUGGCAGUGUGCCACGGCAGCGACAUUCGCACUGUGGAGGGCAUGCACCAUGUCAACAUCAACCCCCUGUUCAGGUUUUAUUACAAAGUCACACCUGGGAAAGUGCAAUUUGAGCGGACUUUCAAGGACUGGGAGCCUGGAUGCCGCAUCGUGUGCAAUGAGUGCAGCCAGGACUGGGGAAUGGAGAUGAUCUACCGGGAGGUGAAGUUGCCCAUCCUCUGCAUCAAAAACUUUGUGGUGGAGACCCCGGCUGAAAAGAGGAGGUACAAGAAGUGGAGCAGUGUGACGUUCUCUGUCAAGGAGUUCAACUACUUGGAGUACUGCUCCAGCAUCAACGACCAGCCCUUCUAGCGCGGGGUCUGCUUAGAAGAGGCCACCUCCUGGGGCGACGGCCCGCUCCCCUGCUCUGCUGCCAGCCGCUGCGUUGUCGCACAGGAAUGAAUUGUCUGAUGUUUUUUGCUUUCCCUGGGGAGUAGGAGAGUGCUUGUAGGAGCAGGAGGAUGUCGGGGAUCCCAUCCUCGCCCUCCGCUGGGCUCCUUGGUGCUCACCAGCCCGUUUACAGUGGCUCUGAGCGGCGCGGGGCCCAGCAAGCGUGGCCGUGCCAGACAGUGUGCUCGCAGAGCCGCGGCCUCCCUGCUGCUCUCUUCCCUGGCUGAUCCUGCAGCCUGAACACCACCGUGACACAAGAACGAGCUGUUUUUGCACAGGUCCAGGACAUGGUCCAGUUUUUCCUUGGAGGUCUCGCUUCUGCGAGAUGUUAAUUGUCCUUCAUUAAAACCUGGUGCACGCGUGCUGGA